CCAGCUUCGUCGUGCCGGUGGUGUGGUCCGCCAGCUGACAUCCCGGCCCCACCAGCGAUCCUGGCCCGCGCGUCAUUCGAAAACGAGACACCCGUGCGCUUUCCUGGCCUGGCCUCCCUCGUGCUGGUUGGCUGGCUGGUUGGGUUCCCGGAAGGAGCCAGCGCCAGCCAACCAAACGACCGGCCGGCGGCCGCGGAGAAUAGCAAGGGCCACGACCGCUCGCCAGGAGGCAAGGCCGAAACAGAAGAGGGGAGCCGGCGGCCAGGCGGGGACAAAACCAAGCCACAGCAGGCGCCGGCCAACCCUCCUUGUUCUUCCCUUCAAAUUUUGGAGGCGGGACGGAGGGAAUUCGUUUGCUCCCCCCCAUCCUCCUGGCGGAUGAUGGCGGAGGUGUCGGACAACGCCAAGGGCCUGGCGCUCGCCGUCGCCUCCAGCGCCUUCAUCGGCGUCAGCUUCAUCCUCAAGAAGAUCGGCCUCCUUCGCGCCGCCAAGUGCGGCGCCCGCGCAGGUGGUGGAGGAUACACUUACCUUUCCGAGCCACUGUGGUGGGCUGGGAUGACCACAAUGCUGCUUGGGGAGGUUGCAAACUUUGUUGCUUACAUAUUUGCGCCAGCUGUACUCGUGACUCCUCUCGGAGCAUUAAGCAUAAUAGUGAGUUCAGUGUUGGCACACUUUGUGCUGAAGGAGCGGCUUGAGAAGCUCGGGGUCCUUGGCUGUGUAUCAUGCAUAGUAGGUUCAGUUGUUGUUGUUGUGCAUGCUCCGGAAGAGCAUAUGCCUAACUCUGUUGAAGAAAUCUGGAACCUAGCUACUCAACCAGGUUUUGUAGCAUAUGCAGUGACUACAUUGUUAGUCGUGGGAACACUAGUUCUCUUCUUUGAACGUCGAUAUGGUCAGACUAAUAUCCUAAUAUAUCUGGGUAUCUGCUCUUCAAUGGGAUCACUAACGGUUGUUAGCAUCAAAGCCAUUGGUGUUGCCAUAAAGCUUACAUUGGAUGGAGUGAAUCAGGCUGCUUAUCCAUACACGUGGUUUUUUCUUAUGGUUGCAGUUACCUGUGGGGUUUCUCAAAUAAAUUAUCUCAACAAGGCAUUGGAUACAUUUAAUUUAGCCAUCGUUUCUCCUAUUUAUUAUGUGAUGUUUACGACCCUUACAAUAGUGGCUAGUGGAAUUAUGUUCAAGGACUGGGCUGGUCAAAGCUUAAGCAGUAUUGCUUCUGAAUUAUGUGGCCUAAUAACAAUUCUUUCUGGGACAAUUUUGUUGCACGCAGCAGAAGAGGGAGCCAACAAUUCUGCAGCUUUGUUGCCUUGGCCUUUGGAUAAGGGAUCCAUAUCUUGGUGUAUCAGCUUAAGCAGCGACAAUCUACUGAAGAAUGUUGAAGAGGACUACUUCGCAGCUCUGCAAAAUUCACCUGCCCCAGUAUGACGAUACAUUUGUUCUACUUUGGCUGUAGAAGAACCCCGAUAGAGUUUGUAAAAAGUAAGCGAAUCGCGGAGGAGAUGUUAACAGUGCCAACAUUUCUGGCAGUUUUGGUCGAGGAGAUUUCAUCUGCCAUUUUUUCAGAUUGUACAUAGGAAUCUGUAAAUUUGUGAUUUUGUUUAUACCCAGGACAAGAUGAGACUUGUUAAUCCCUUGUUCGUCCAAAAGGCAAGUUGCAUGGCCGCCGGCAUGUUGUAGUUUGUACAAAUGUUUCUUCUUGAACUUAAGCUCAGUAGUGAAGAUUGAUGUAUCCAGCUGUCGUGUGUAUAGUA